AUGAACAGCUACAGUAAAUUUAACUUGACAUUAUAAAAGUUACUUUAUAAAAAAUCCUUAAAAGAUCUCACAUAGGAUGCACGAUCCUGCUUACAAUCCUACUUAAGGAUAACAGUAGCAUUUUCCACAGWGUGGCUCUUCAUCCACUGAAUUCCAAUUGGAAUUUAAAAGUUGAUUUUUGGAAUGGAAAUUUUGGCUGAUGCUACUAAAAGAGGAUAAAGACUUUGUUGUCUCUACCCAGUGUUAAUAUUUCAUGAUGGACUGAAGUGAACAUUAAAUGGAAUAUAUAAUUUAAAUGCAAUUUUGACUUUUUAAAACUUACAGGUGUACUAACACUCUGCAGAUAUGGGGUGGGUUGCUUCAAUUCCAACAAUACCGCUUAUAUAUCCCAAUAAUUUCCGGGUUUGCAAUUGAUCACAACUACAAGCUAAAACAUUUAUUAGCAAUAAUGAYAAUACAUUUUUAUAAAAUUGAAUAAAUUAACYGAAGAAUGCAUGACAUUUAUCAGAUGGUGCUGUCUGCCAGAAACUUAUUCUCCUGUUCCUGAAAUCCUCCAAGUGAAAUCUAAUGCUCAAACAUGUUGUAUUUGCUUUAUUAUUAUUUUUAAUAAUAAUGUGCUUAGCUGAUGUCUUGCUGCUUCAGUGUCGAAAAAAAACUUUUGAAAGAAAAACUUUUAAAACUUUUACUAGUAAGUUUCAUUCUGAUAAAGCGUUGAUAAUUUUUUAAAUUUUAGAAAAUGGACAUAACACAUUGAAAGCUUAACUAUAAAAUUAAAUUAAUACCUUGUUUUGGCUGACUUUUUGAUUUUUCCCCUUCUUUUGCGAGAAAAAACAACCACAACCCUCACCACCAUUUUGAAUAUGCUGUUCGCUUCAUUAGUCAGCAGAUUUUUCUUGGUCACAUGACGAAACACGAUCAUUGAUUGGCUKUUGGCAUUAGAAAGCAAAAAGGCAGGAAAUCAAAAGUUUUUUCGCUCAUUUUUGCAAAGAAACCUUCCUUGGUUGAUUUGUAAUGAAGAAAAAACUAUUUGUUAGAAGAUAAAAUAGCCUUCAAAGCUCUUAAAACAAAAGAUCUCAUGACAAGUUUUUGAGAUGAGAGCAAAUAUGUUUACUCAAAAUAAUGCCUCUGCUGAAGUAAAAUCGAAGACAUCAAACGAAAAAACCCUGGGUAUAUUGACAAGAAUUAAAAAUGAAGGUUCAAGUUGUAUUCAAGCAAGCAGUAUUAUUCAGUGGAGCCUCAAAAAGCUGAUGAAAUCACCACAAGACUUGAAAACUACAGACUGUGCUUCCCCUUUUUGCUGUUUGUCAUUGCACUGGCAAAACCUGUUUUUCAAUGAACUAUUAAAGCUUCAAACACCAUUAUACCAAAAUGUGAAGAAUGGAUUGGUAUCACUCAAGGAACUCAAUGAAAAAUCUGCCAUGGCUCUUAUUAUAUAUUGUUGCUGGACCUCUUGCAGCUUCUCAUCACUGAUAACAUACAAYAAGAACUUCCCAUGGAUUACAGAAAAUCACUAGAAAAAGAACACUCUGGCAGCCUGCAGCAGCAGAUUGAAGCCUGUAAUAUUAUAAGACUAGUUCUAGAGGGUCAACUGACUGACUCUGAUUUUUGGAGUGGCUUAAAGACAAGCACCAAAGAUUACCUUGAAUGCAUCUUGUCAGUAAGUGUUGUUAUUGGACAUCAUAGGCACUAUUAUUGUUGACCUKAAGGAAAUGUUAAGUAAAGGUAAUGUUCUAAUUGAGUGUAGUUCCUUCAACAUACUGGUACUUCAGGGUCUGUAAGGGGGGUCCUGAUCCCUAAUCACUCCCUAUUUUCCCCCAAAAUCCUGUGGCCCAUGACAUCUUGCCCACAUUCAACAUAUUUAAAGAGCAUGAUUUUGUUUUUAUUUAUUAAUGUUUUCAUGGUAUUUCCUGUAAAUCACAAAGCAAAAUCCCACAUUSCGGAUAUUUAAUUCUGCAGCAAUUCCGAGUCAUGGCCCUUGCCAA